CGCAACGGCGGGACGGGAGCGGCUGAGGUGGUGGCUCCUCCUCUCCAGCCAUGGCUGUAAAGGAUCCUACAGCUGUAGAAAGAGCAAAUUUAUUGAACAUGGCUAAAUUGAGUAUCAAAGGACUCAUUGAAUCAGCUUUGAGCUUUGGCCGAACUCUGGAUUCUGACUACCCACCUUUGCAGCAGUUCUUUGUUGUCAUGGAGCACUGCCUGAAGCAUGGUCUUAAAGUAAGAAAAUCCUUUCUAAGUUACAAUAAAACCAUCUGGGGUCCUCUGGAACUUGUGGAGAAAUUAUAUCCAGAAGCUGAGGAAAUAGCAGCAAGUGUCAGAGAUUUGCCUGGCCUUAAAACACCACUGGGCCGUGCCCGGGCCUGGUUACGGUUAGCACUAAUGCAGAAGAAAAUGGCUGACUAUCUUCGCUGUUUGAUCAUUCAGAGAGAUCUUCUCAGUGAAUUUUAUGAGUAUCAUGCACUAAUGAUGGAGGAAGAAGGAGCAGUUAUUGUUGGGCUGUUAGUUGGGUUGAAUGUAAUAGAUGCUAACCUGUGUGUGAAAGGAGAAGACCUAGAUUCACAAGUUGGGGUGAUUGAUUUUUCUGUGUAUUUAAAGAGUGAUGAUGACAUUGGAGGUAAGGAAAGGAAUGUACAGAUUGCUGCAAUUUUGGACCAAAAGAAUUACGUUGAAGAACUAAACAGACAACUGAAUAGCACAGUUAGCAGCCUACAUGCGAGAGUUGACUCACUAGAGAAAUCAAACACUAAACUGAUUGAAGAGUUAGCGAUAGCCAAAAACAAUAUAAUUAAACUCCAGGAAGAAAACCAUCAGUUAAGGAGUGAAAAUACUCUUAUUUUAAUGAAAACACAGCAUCAUCUAGAGGCAACUAAAGUGGAUGUUGAAGCAGAACUUCAGACAUACAAACACUCCAGGCAGGGUUUAGAUGAAAUGUACAGUGAAGCACGUAGACAGCUUCGAGAAGAAUCACAACUUCGACAAGAUAUGGAGAAUGAGCUAGUGGUUCAAGUUAGUAUGAAACAUGAGAUAGAACUUGCCAUGAAGUUGCUGGAGAAGGACAUCCAUGAAAAGCAGGAUACCCUCAUAGGCCUUCGGCAACAGCUUGAUGAAGUUAAAGCAAUUAACAUGGAAAUGUAUCAAAAGCUGCAGGUUUCUGAAGAUGCUAUGAAGGAAAAGAAUGAAAUAAUUGGUCGAUUAGAGGAUAAGACUAAUGAAAUUAAUGCAACUAUGAAACAACUAGAACAAAGAUUGCAGCAAGCAGAGAAGGCUCAAAUGGAUGCUGAGGCUGAGGAUGAGAAACUUAAACAGGAAUAUGUGAAUAAAUCUGAAAGUCUGCAGAAAGAAUUCUCCCAGAAGGAGAAACAGCUACUUCAGCUGGAAACAGAUUUGAAGAUAGAAAAAGAGUGGCGGCAAACCCUAGAGGAUGAUCUUCAGAAGGAAAAGGAAACUGUAUCUCAUCUGAAAACAAAGACCCAAGAAAUAAUUAAUCUUAAAAAAGAGUUCCUUAAGCUUCAGGAAAAGAAUAAGCAACUGCGAAGGAUAUGUCAAGACCAAGAAGCUGCUCUCCAAGAACUGGCAUCCAAGCUGAGCGAAUCAAAGCUGAAAAUAGAAGAUAUAAAAGAAGCGAAUAAAGCGUUACAGGGCCAGGUUUGGUUGAAGGACAAAGAGGCUACACAUUGCAAGUUAUGUGAAAAGGAAUUUUCUCUUUCCAAAAGGAAGCAUCAUUGUAGAAACUGUGGCGAGAUUUUCUGUAAUGCCUGUUCGGACAAUGAACUGCCUCUGCCUUCUUCACCAAAGCCUGUGCGGGUCUGUGAUUCCUGCCAUGCAAUACUUAUACAGAGGUGCUCUUCUAAUGUGCCGUAAGAGUAUGCUACACGAUACUUACUACUUUUUGGUAUUUGGCUAAUCCUGUAAAAAGAGAAUGUGAACUAAAGAACAUAGAGCAGCAUUGCCAGAAUUUCAGGUAAGCAGUUCAAAGUUGUAUUUUCAAGGUACCGUGGAGGAGUUACAUGCCUGCUUCGUUUUGUAACAGAGAAAAUGGGACCUAAGUGUAGAAAAUGGACAUGUUAAAAAUACAGGUGACGUUAGUCUUAUGAAUGGCUUGGAAGUUCUUUUGGAGGAAGCAGGGCUGGUUAUAGAGGAGACUUGGUGUUAAACAUGUAUUUGAUGAGUAUCUCUGUCAUUAUGAUGAACUUGAAAAAGAUGAUGUACUUACCUGCUUUUAUAGGCUAGUCUGCAACAAGGCCAACCUAAUACUGCUGCAGAAUGUGCCUGUGAUACGUUGCUGUGAAGCAAAACCAUGCAGUAGGUAGUUUUAAAUUGUAUUAAAAAAAGCAAUGCAAUUAAUGCAGUGGUCCAAUAACUUAUUGCCAAAUAACUGUAUUUGUUUACUUCUCCUCUGAUCAAGGUUGGAUAUAUCCAGGAAUACUGCACUGACAGCUCUGUUCUUUGUAGUCACAGGUGUAAGGAGAGAUUUUGCCAAGCAGGAAACAAGCAGUGCCUCUAGGCACUUGGUCAUGGGAGGUGCAUUUUGAUGAAUUAUUUUUUAAAAUUAACUAUUAAUUUGAUGUAUCUGUGUUUCCAGUUAAAAGGGAGAUGUCUAUCCCAAAUCCUUUGCCUGACAUUGUAAAAUUAUCUUUACAUUGUUUUCAUGUAAGCCAUGGUUACACAUAAUUACUGUGUGGCUCCGGAAGCAGGGUGAGUCUGCCAGUUGGAAAGACUAGGGUUAACUACUGGAGACCGCAUCCUUUUGGUGUUGGACAGGAAAGUUCUUCCUUGUCAUCAUCUUUCUCAAACUUUUAGAAUUUGCCCCUAAACAGCAUUUUUUUUUCCAGCGCAUUUUUCAGUAUACCCAAGUCUGACCACUGUUCACACCAAUGGUAACUUCUGCUUCAGUGUAAAUCCUCAUUCUUCCUAUAGGCAAAUACACCCCUUGGUAAAUUGUCCCUGCUUCACCAUCACUGCACUAGAACCAAUGUACCCUCUGCCCUUUAGCUGCUUGUGUGAUGGGGUCCAGAUGUGGAAUCUCUACGCUCUGGACAGUACUGACAAGCCAUCAGCAGAAUUACCAGCCUGGUAGUUCUUUCAGCCACGGGCUUGGAAUAUGCUUAUUGACAGGAAAACUUCUCUCCUGAAACAGGUCUUCUAAUUAUUCUUGCACUUUGUUUAGUGUUGUCUCUUGAGGAUAGGUAUUAAUAUUUUAAAAGCCAAUAGGCCUGUUGUUUUUAACACCCCAGUGUAGUCGCUUAUGUAGCUUUUGUAAAGAAAAAUGUUUUUAAAAUUACCUGAUGUAACUUUUUUGUGAAUACAAAACAAAUACUUGUAAAUCUGUAAAUAGCUUUUGGAAAAAAUAAAUUUAAUUGAUCUGCCACUUAA